UUUGUUGGGUCGGGAUUUCGACCCGAUUCCGACGCGUCGCUCGUAGAAACCGACGACGUCGGAGUCACGCGACGUCCACCGUCGGUUACUGAACGAGAGAUCGCGAUGAAUUUACGUCAGUAAAAUCUAACAGUAAUCGGUUAUAGGCUGUGCUUAUUUUAGCAGAAGUUUCUCGAUCGUCAUCCCUACAGCAAGUUGAAAAUGCCGAACAUCAUCAAUGAAAUCAAGCUCGACUUUAAAGACGUUCUACUUAGACCUAAAAGGUCCACACUAAAAAGUCGUAACGAUGUUAACCUCUAUAGAAAUAUAACAUUUAGAAAUUCAAAGAGAACAUAUCAGGGAAUUCCUGUAAUGGCCUCAAAUAUGGAUACGGUGGGAACAUUUAAGAUGGCUAAAGCGCUAUCAAAACAUGGUUUAUUUACUACCAUCCAUAAAUAUUACACUGUGGAUGAAUGGAAAGCUUUCGCCUCCGAAAAUCCGGAUUGUCUCCCAAAUAUAGCUGCAAGUGCCGGAAUGGCUGAAGCGGAUUUUCAACGACUUUCGGACAUUUUAAAUGCAGUACCAGAUAUUACAUUUAUUUGUUUGGACGUUGCUAACGGGUAUUCCCAGCAUUUCGUUGAUUUUGUUCGAAAAGUUCGAGCUGCAUUUCCAACACACACCAUAAUCGCGGGUAAUGUUGUUACCGGUGAAAUGGUUGAAGAAUUAAUUUUAUCAGGGGCUGAUAUAAUAAAAGUAGGUAUUGGUCCAGGAAGUGUUUGUACGACAAGAAUGAAAACUGGCGUUGGUUAUCCUCAAUUAUCAGCGGUGAUUGAAUGUGCUGAUGCUGCUCAUGGAUUGCAAGGACAUAUCAUUUCAGAUGGGGGUUGUACAUGUGCGGGUGAUGUUGCAAAAGCUUUUGGAGCUGGUGCUGAUUUUGUUAUGGCUGGAGGAAUGUUCGCUGGUCAUGAUCAAUGUGAAGGAGAUGUUAUUGAGAAAAACGGAAAAAAAUUUAAACUAUUUUAUGGAAUGUCUUCCAGUACAGCAAUGGAAAAACACUCGGGAGGUGUUGCUGAAUAUAGAUCGUCUGAAGGUAAAACGGUCGAAGUCCCAUACAAAGGUGACGUUGAACCGACCGUUUUAGACAUUUUAGGUGGAUUACGAAGCGCUUGUACUUAUACAGGAGCUGGUAAAAUCAAGGAACUUCCGCGUAGAGCCACGUUUAUACGAUGCACACAACAACUUAACACAAUUUAUAGUUAAAUUCUACAAUUUACAUAUAUACAACAUAUGUUCAGUAUUUUGAAAGAGUUUUAUUUAUUUUUUAUUACGUACGUGUUGUGUCCACAUAAAUCUUUUAUCAAAAUUA